AUGUCCAUUUUCUGUUGCUAUCGUACUCAGCGAACGACAGGCCGAGAAACUGGCCAGGACGUAUUUGAACUUCCAAUUCGCCCUCCACGUGUGAAGUUAUCCAGUCCACCAUUCCAUACAUCUGAAUUUGAGCUACCGCCACCAGAGAUCGUAGCUAAGGAAAUACCAUCGCUUUCACAUAACCAAAUACAGGAGGCCACGGUAGAUCCUACUAUUAUCGAAAUCGAAGAUUCGGAUGAUGAUGAUGAUGAACUGGUACGGAGUACCAGAAACUCUAGCACGGGUACUCUAGGAGCUAUUAGAACCAAGUUUAUUAGACGCUUGUCUCAGAAGUCCGAAUCUAAAAGACAUUCGCAACAAUCUCUUGGUACAAGCGAUGAAGAGAUCGCACGGCGGGCUGAACUGAAGCGACUGAUGCGAAAGAGAAUACAGGAGGAAUUGAAGAGUGAAAAAGAGCAAGAAGAGGUCGAGACGAAACCGGGAAAUACUGAAGGAUCGAAGCCGUGCAGCACCGCUAACGUCGGAUUCCCUCGUGGUGGGCCGCGCGAUAAUAUAGAAUUUUGUGUCUUGGAUGUAAGCGAAACUGGUCCUCGGGAUGAUGCCUAUGGCUCUCCGGAUGUUGUGCUCCUUGCUCUCCCAACCAGCCAUUCUCAGCCAGGGAUUUCCCUUCGCCGGUGUAGCUAUCCCGGUUCCAGUUCGGCUUCUCGAGUUCACGAGGACGCUAGUCUAGAGGGUCAUGGAGCCGUGAAGGCACGCAGCUCCUUACCACGAUUUCCCUCUUCUCCCCAGUUAACCCCCAUUCAUAUACCGAGUGCUAGAGGCUCGGAAUCCCUCUGUUCAUGGAGACUUUCAUACAGCGCCGAGCAACUCGCAAGGUACAUUGGGGUACCCGAGACGGUUAGCCCUAACGAAACCUAUGAACUUUUUGAAAUUAAUACUAGAAGCGGUAUAAUUGGUGGAGAAGAUGAACGUAUAAACCAAGUUGAAGACGGUUUACUACGUAUCCAACGGCCCGCGACGAGCGAAGAACCAGAUAUGAUUCACGACGAAUUGGCCCCAGCGGAGGUCCUGAAGACACAAGUUUUAACCAAGAUUCUCCAUUAA